AUGCGACUUUGGGGAACGCGAGGAAAAGAGAUUCUUCAACAGGUCACGAUGGGUGCGCGUGAUGAAAGGGUACGCGACAAAGGACUGGAAAGCAUCAUGGACCUGGACGACUUGACGAGUUACGCAAUCAAUCGCGAAAUUCUAUUGCAGCAGAGGGACAAAUCUAAACCGUUCAGACAGGAGGAAACAGUAUCGACAGUAAAGCAAGAAUGGUCUCGUCGGUCAGCAGUUCGCAAUCGUUUUCAAGAUGGAUCCAACUUUACAAAUCGAUCGUCCGCAAAACGUUCUCGCACUGAAUGUGACCGGUGCGGUUCCUGGAAUCAUGUUGGAAACAAUCCCCGUUGUCCUGCUCUUGGAUCACGAUGCCACCAGUGCGGAGUAACCGGCCAUUUUUCACGGAAAUGCCGGAGAGUGGAGGGACGCAAGACAACUUGGAGACGCUCAUCUAAGGAGGCUAACGUGGUUUCGGAAGCUGAAGGUUGGAUUGAGGAAAUGCCUCGUCGCCCGAAACCCGAAGAUAUUUCAAAGGUAAACAAGAUUACAGAAUUGGAGGAAGGAUUUAUUACCUGUAUGAUUGAUAAGCUGCCCGUCGAAUUUUUGAUUGAUUCGGGUUCAUCUAUCAAUACGGUUACAGAGCGUAUCUGGAAUAAACUCAUUGAUGUCGGAGCGAAGAUUUACAACAGGAAAUCUCACUGUGACCGAAACUUUAUGGCAUAUGCAAGUAACGAUGCGUUGUGUGUGUUGGCCGUCUUCGAAGCCAACAUUUCACAACUAAAUCGUUAUUAA